AUGUUCUGUACAUUUUGCUUCUGCUGUGUACACUUGUCAUUGGAAAUAUUGCUUGCUACAGUUAAAGAUAAGAAAGGCAAUCCAAUUGAAAGAGCUAAAAUUGAUGUCUGCGAAACGGAUGGUAAUGGUCUCUAUGACAAUCAAUACGAAGAACGAGAUAUAUUCGAUAUGCGUGGUCGAUUGACUUCGAACAAUGAUGGAGAAAUUGUUUUCAAAUGUGUGAAACCAAUAUCGUCUUCUGCACCUACAGAUGGUCCCGUUGGAAAACUGCCUGUAAAACUUCAUCGACAUGCUUGUCGACCAGCACAUAUUCAUUUUGUAUUCAUGUUCCUGAAAUUAUAUAUGAUGAUUUAA